AUGGGUGCAAAAGACAGCUACAUACCGAUCUGUGUGGUGCGCGGCGUCCCGUCCCACUCCGGACAGCCCCCCUCGCAGCUCCACGCUGCGUCGCCAAAGUGCCAACGGCAGCAGCGUGCAGCCCGCCUCUCUGCUUGGAAAACAACACGGCGCGCAUUAUCCGGAGAUCUGUGGAACGGGGUUGAGGAUCCCGUAGCGCACCCUGCUCAAUCAAAGAAAGCGUUGUCCAUCAUCGGGCUAAACGUUGAGGACCACCAUUUAGGAUCGAUUGAGGAGUGCAAAACCGCAAAGGAGGCGUGGGAUCUCCUUGAGAAGACCUACAAGAGCAAAACCAAUGCAAGGAAGAUGCAACUCAGGCAAGAGUUGCAUUCUCUCAAGAUGAAGUCGGAAGAAGGGGGGGAAACCUCCCAAGGGUGUGGCCUCGAUGUGGCCUUUAGCGUCAUUGAGGGGGUGUCGACCGACGAGGGGCUCGUCGAUUCGGGGGGCUCCCAACACCUAACCGGGGACAAGAGCCUAUUUGAGACCCUCGAAAUGUUCGGGGGGAGUGGCCGAGAGUUCACGUUCGGGGACAAGGAAAUCCUAUGGGCAGAGGGGAGCGGCUCGGUCCAGCUGCGAUGUGCGACACCGACUGGAGAAAGUUUGGUCACUCUGCAGAACGUGAUGUAUGUCCCGGGGGUGGCGGCGAAUUUGAUCUCGGUGAGCAAGGCCACCGAGGUUGCGUCAGUGCUGUUCAAGGAGAACGGCAACUGCGAGCUUGAGGUUGACGGGGAGGUAGUCCUUGUGGCUCGGAAGGUGAAGGGUGUCUAUGUGAUCAACCGGGCGGAGAAGGAGACGUGCUUCCUUGUGAAGAAGCCGGAAACGGCGGAGUUGUGGCACCGUCGGUUGGGACACGCUGGGUACGAAAACUUGGCGAAAAUGGUGCAGGGAGACCUCGUGGAAGGGGUCGGGGUGAAACCGAGUGCGUUCAGGGCGCUUAAGACCUCGGUGUGUGAGCCCUGCAUUAUGGGGAAGCAAACUAGGCUCUGUUAG